AUGCUGCGGGAGUUGGAGGAAGAUAGAGUGGAUGCCCCUGUCUAUUACCGAAAGCAUACAGGUGAAGUGAUUCUCGGACCUACAACUCCGACAUACAACGACCCAGAGUUCCUAGAGGAACGAGACGGCGUCCCAUUUGCGGCCCCCGUACAGAUUCGGGUCAGAUUCUACCGCAUGUUAUUGCGACAGCUCGCCAAAAUCGGGCUCAAGGUCAAUUACAAUCAACAGGUUGUGAAGUACUUUGAGAAUGAAGAUGCUGGAGUGGGUGGUGUUGUAACAAACGACGGUUUGAUACACGUGGCAGAUCUGGUCAUUGCCGCGGAUGCCUUUCGGUCGGAAUCCGAGCUACUGAUCGCCGGAAAGCAAAUGCCCACGAGGUCCAGUGGCAUGUCUGUAUACCGCACCUCUUUCCCCACCGAGCUGGCGCUCAAACACGACGUUUUCAGGAACAAGUGGGGAGAGUUUGUGAAGACCAAAGAUAAAGGAGUGAAGGAAUACUGGCUUGGCCCCGGCAUGCAUCUAGGGCUGUUUGUCUCCGCGAAAGUGGUUGCCUGGGGGUUUACGCCGCGCGACCAGUUCCUGCUGCCCAACGGGGCAGAACCAGUCGAGUCUUGGGACGCCGACGUCAACCCAGAAAACGUGAUCAAAGUGCUUGAAAGCGUACCGGGAUGGGACCCUGCUGCAGCUGCUAUCAUACGUGCGGCUCCGAAAGGAACGGUGGUUCACUGGCCUCUGUUGUGGCGGAACCUUCGGCCUGAGUGGACAUCGAAAGGGGCUCGUGUCGUCCAGGUUGGCGACUGUGCGCACUCAAACGUCCCAACGUCGGUGAGCGGUGGUACUAUGGCGAUCGAAGACGCCGUGACUUUGGCCGCCUGCCUCCGAAUCUCUUGCUCGGCGGGCAAAGGCCGUAAUGCACCUCUGGGCGCUCGCAUCUACAACCUGCUGCGCUACCAGCGCGUGAGCUGCGCGCAGAAGAUGGCUUUCGUCAACUCCCAAUUGCUGGCUGCCACGGACUGGGCCUCCAUCGAGAAAGAUCCGCUACAGGUCCGCCUUCGAUUUCCUCGUUGGGUCUUUCACCAUGAUCCAGAGAGCUAUGUAUAUGAGAAAUAUGGGCAGGCAUUUGCUCAUAUCCUUCAGGGCACGCCUUUCCAUAAUACCAACUUCCCUCCAGGCCACAAUUUCAAGCCAUGGACAAUAGAGCAGAUGCACGAAGACAUCGCCGCUGGAAAGAGUGCAGUUGAUUUGCUGGAUGGCGAUUGGUCUUGA